AUGUUUUGCUUGUUUGUUUUUUGCUGUUUGUGCUUUUGGCUUCUGGUUGUGUUUGCUGAUCCAGAUGCAGUGAAGUCAGUGUCAGUGACGGAGGGAGAAUCAGUCACUCUACAGACUAAUGUUACUGAACUACAGCGUACAACUCUGAUAACAUGGACAUUUGGACAUCCAGAGACUCGCAUAGCUCAAAUCAAUAAAGAGGAGAGAAAAGUCUCCACAUCUGAUGGUGAUGCUGUGGGAUUCAGAGACAGACUGCAGCUGGAUAAUCAGACUGGAUCUCUGACCAUCACAAACACCAGAACCACAGACUCUGGAAAUUAUACAGUAAACAUCAAAGAUCCCACAAAACAGACCACAUACAGAUUAAAAGUUACUGUCUAUGGCUCUGCAUCUCAGAAAAGGCUGAUCUCUGCAGCUGUUGCUGGAUCUCUGUUGAUUGCGGCUGCUGUCGGGAUCUACUGGAUCUACAGGAGACACAGAAAAACAGACCAAGAAGUGUUUGGUUUUAAAGAUGCAGUGAAGUCAGUGUCAGUGACGGAGGGAGAAUCAGUCACUCUACAGACUAAUGUUACUGGAAUACAGACACGUGAUCUGAUAACAUGGACAUUUGGACAUCCAGAGACUCUUAUAGCUAAACUCAGUGAAGAGGACAGUAUCUUCUCCACAUAUGACGACGUUCUUGAUGGGAGAUUCAGAGACAGACUGAAGCUGGACAAUCAGACUGGAUCUCUGACCAUCAUGAACACCAGAACCACAGACUCUGGAAAUUAUAAAGUAAACAUCAAAGGCACAAAACCGACCACAUACAGAUUCAAUGUUACUGUCUAUGCUCGUCUGCCUGUUCCUGUCAUCAGCAGUAACUCUACACACUGUUCUUCAUCAUCAUCAUCACAGCAGAAUUGUUCAUUGGUGUGUUCAGUGGUGAAUGUGAGUCAUGUGACUCUCUCCUGGUACAAAGAAAACAGUUCAUUGUCCAGCAUCAGUGUGUCUGAUCUCAGCAUCAGUCUCUCUCUACCUCUGGAGGUGGAAUAUCAGGAUAACAACACCUACAGCUGUGUGCUCAACAAUCCCAUCAGCAACCAGACUCAACAUCUGGACAUCAGUCAACUCUGUCACACAUGUUCAGAAGUCCACGUCCACUGUUGCGGUUCUAUUGAAGCUGUGAUCCGAUUGGUCAUCUCUGUUCUGGUGGGCGUGGCUACUGCGGCUGUUGUGGUUUAUGACAUCAGAUCUAGAAUGGUACUAGUUCAGACAAAGAAGAUGUUUUAUAUGUUUGUUUUGUUCAGUUUGUGCUGGCGGUGUCUGAUUGUUGUGUUUGGUGAGACAGUGUCAGUGAUGGAGGGAGAUUCUAUUACUCUACACCCUGAUGUUACUGAAAUACGAGAAGAUGACGAUAUAGUGUGGAAAUAUGGAGCUGAAAAGUCUCAUGUAGCUCAAAUAAAUAGAGAUGCUAAAGUCUGCUCCACAUCUGAUGGUCCUGAUGGGAGAUUCAGAGACAGACUGAAGCUGGACUAUCAAACUGUAUCUCUGACCGUAACAAACAUCUCAACUCAACAUGCUGGAGACUAUGAACUAGAGAUAAAUGGAGAAAAGCUGUCAUCAAAAACAUUCAGUGUUUCUGUCUAUGCUCGUCUGCCUGUUCCUGUCAUCAGCAGAAACUCUUCACAAUGUUCUUCAUCAUCGUCAUCACAGCAGAAUUGUUCAUUGGUGUGUUCAGUGGUGAAUGUGGGUCAUGUGACUCUCUCCUGGUACAAAGGAAACAGUUUAUUGUCCAGCAUCAGUGUGUCUGAUCUCAGCAUCAGUCUCUCUCUACCUCUGGAGGUGGAAUAUCAGGAUAAAAACACCUACAGCUGUGUGCUCAACAAUCCCAUCGGCAACCAGACUCAACUUCUGGACAUCAGUGAACUCUGUCACACAUGUUCAGAUGCUGCAGCACAGUCUUCUUCUCAUCCUCCAGUCUCUCUGAUAGUGUUGAUUUCUGCUGCUGUUGCUGGAUUUCUGUUGAUUGUAGCUGCAUUUGGGAUCUUCUGCAUCUGUAGAAAACACAGAAAAACUGGUCAAGAAGAUGAGGUCACUUAUGCUGACCCAACGUUCUACAAAAGAAACACACAGAAAUCGGAGAUAAAAGCGGAACAUCAUUGUGAAGAGGAUGACGUUGUGUAUGAAUCUGUUUUCAUAAGUAGAUCAAACUUAAACCUUUCUUCUGAACACCAGAUCCCGCUGUGUGAACGUGUGUUUGCUGAUACAGAUGCAGUGGAGUCAGUGUCAGUGCUGGAGGGAGAUUCAGUCACUCUAAACUCUGGUUUUACUGAAAUGAUGGAUGAUGAUCUGAUUCGGUGGAGGUUUGGAUCUGAAAACACUUUAAUAGCUCAAAUCAAUGUAAUGGCCGGCAGCAUCACUGUAUAUGAUGAUGUUCUUGAUGAGAGAUUCAGAGACAGACUGAAGCUGGACGAUCAAACUGGAUCUCUGAUCAUCACAAACACCACAACUCAACACGCUGGACUCUAUCAACUACAGACCAACAGUGUGAGCAAGAGCUUCAGUCUCACUGUCUAUGCUCGUCUGCCUGUUCCUGUCAUCAGCAGUAACUCUUCACACUGUUCUUCAUCAUCAUCAUCAUCAUCAUCAUCAUAUUGUUCAUUGGUGUGUUCAGUGGUGAAUGUGAGUCAUGUGACUCUCUCCUGGUACAAAGGAAACAGUUUAUUGUCCAGCAUCAGUGUGUCUGAUCUCAGCAUCAGUCUCUCUCUACCUCUGGAGGUGGAAUAUCAGGAUAACAACACCUACAGCUGUGUGCUCAACAAUCCCAUCAGCAACCAGACUCAACAUCUGGACAUCACUGAACUCUGUCUCACAUGUUCAGAAGUGCAUGGCUGUGAUACUAUCGAGCCUGUGAUCCGAUUGGUCGUCACUGCUCUGAUGGGCGUGGCUGCUGCAGCUGCUGCUGUUCUUCUGGUCAAUGACAUCAGAUCUACAAGAGGUGUCUUUGGUGUUGAUGUGGAUGGAAUGGAGUUGGUAUCAGUGAAGGAGGGAGAUUCAGUCACUCUAUAUUCUGGUCUUACUGAAAUGACAGAUGAUGAUCUGAUUCUGUGGAGGAUCAUCACAAACACCAGAACUGAACACACUGGAGUUUAUAAACUACAGACCAACAGUGUGAGCAAGAGCUUCAGUCUCACUGUCUAUGACAAAGUGUCAGUGAUGGAGGGAGAUUCUGUUACUUUACACGCUGAUGUUACUGAAAUACGUGAUGAUGAUUAUAUACUGUGGAAAUUUGGAGCUAAAAAAUCUCUGAUAGCUCAAAUCAGAAGAAAUUUUGGAAUCUUCAACACAUUUGUUGGUCCAGAUGAGAGAUUCAGAGACAGACUGAAGCUGGACAAACAGACUGUAUCUCUGACCAUCACAAACACCUCAACUGAACAUGCUGGAGAUUAUAAACUAGAAAUACAUAGAGCGAAACCGUCAUCAAAAACAUUCACUCGUCUGCCUGUUCCAGUCAUCAGCAGAGACUGUUCUUCAUCAUCCUCAUCCAUGUCUACUAACUCUCGAGUAGACUGUUCGGAGGUUCACAUCCACUGCUGUGAUACAGUUGAAGCUGUGAUCCGAUUGGUCGUCGCUGCUCUGAUGGGCGUGGCUGCUGCAGCUGCUGUUGUUCUUCUGAUCAAUGACAUCAGAUCUACAAGAGAGGUUCACAUCCACUGCUGUGAUACAGUUGAAGCUGUGAUCCGAUUGGUCGUCGCUGCUCUGAUGGGCGUGGCUGCUGCAGCUGCUGUUGUUCUUCUGGUCAAUGACAUCAGAUCUGCUAGAGGUUAA